AUGGGAGGCGCGGGAUGGGCGCGCGGCGAAGCGCGCGUAGCUGACGAUUCUGACUUUGAAGCACUAAAAAGCCUUCUGGCUUCUGAAGUUGGUUGGAAUUUAGAGUACGAAAAGGACGGAGUGAAGGUUUGGACCGAGGAUGCCGCUCAUGGCGCGCUGCGAACUGUCAAGGUGGUGGCAGAAUUUGACGACGUGGAGCCAGAUGCCCUUUACGAUGUGCUCCAUGACCCCGAGUACCGGUCCGUGUGGGACACGCACAUGCUCGCAGCUGAAGAUGCGGGACACAUCAAUGUCAACAAUGACGUCGGGUACUAUGCUAUGUCAUGCCCGGCCCCCCUCAAGAACCGUGACUUCGUACUCCAGCGGUCGUGGCUGGACACGGGCAAUGAGAAGAUGAUCCUCAACCAUUCCGUUCACCAUAAAGAUUACCCCCCUAGAAAAGGAUAUGUCAGGUCAGUACUUCGGAUUACAAACAUGUUACAUUAA